AUCAAUGUCUACUUCGCUUAUGAUAACAUUAAAGUUUUCAAUUGCUAUACUUUAAAUUCCGCCCUAAGCGUCAUCGUAAUUCUGAUUGGGUAACUCAAGGCGGUUGUUUCGUGAUAUUUUUAUCUUCAAGGUCGAAGCGGUUAGCACACUUGUAUGCCAUAAUGGUGAGCCAUAGAUGAUUUGGAGUUUGAGAAAAUAUUUUCUGCUUGAAUUGUUGCAAUCUGAAAAGCGAAGGAUUCUGGGUUUCAUUAAGAGGAUUCACAUCAACGGACAUGUAAUCUAUAUUUAAUCGCUAUAUGGCGAUAUCAGAAUAAUAAUUCAUGGUAAUAUUAAUAUGCAAGUAAAACUGUCCCAUACGGCCGAACGAUCUUGGGAUGCUUUGAAACAAUUAGUAAUUCCCCUCCCUGUCCUGUAGUGCUUUUCCCAAGUUUUGGGAAAUUUUGGGGAAACUCCCGAAGUCAAAUAACCUUCACCAAUGUUUUGGAAAAUUCUGGGGGAAUCCCCAAAGCCGAAUGACCUGGAGAAAAUUUGGGGUUUUAGUGCCAUUACCCAAAAGUUUAUUAUAGCGGCUUCCACAAAAUGGGUCAAAUUUUCCCCAAAAUUGGGAGCUCGGGGCUGGUUUAUCAAUCUAUUAAUAAGCAAGCGUGCAAAUAUGAUACGGUCGUAUCACGGCGUUCCUUGAUAAACAAGUGAUAGUUUUAGUAUUCCGAGUACCUUCGUGUAUGCAUUUGUUUUGGUGGGAGUUCACUCCAACAUCAUGAUUUUAUCUAUAACCAUGUUCCUGUAAAUACUCAGGUUUGCUGAUCUCUCAACAUUCUUGUUAAUUUCGUCCUAUAACGAGUUGGAACUCUUGUCCAUCCCGACUUUGGUGUCUAGGUUCUAUAUAAGGAUGGUCAAGCCAUUCCCUGGACAGUCCUGUGCAAUGGGCGGGAGCAUUUCAGGAAGCUAAACUUUAUUACAUUAGCUGCUGUGAUUGGUGAAUGCAUAGCACUGAGUGACACUCACGGGGAUCCUUCGUUACUUCUCAAGUAUACUUUGAUGGUACUGAAGUCAUGAGAUUCCCACCCUAUAAACGUUCUUCUAGCUUCUUCGGAGAGAAAGUAUUCGAGUACUGCAUCUCUACCCGAAGUUUGUCCUGAUGAUGUUCUAAAGAACAAUAAGAGCUCUACGGUCACGUCAUCCAGCUCAAAGAACAAACUAGCCGGAAUCAUCCAACUGAGCUACAGGUAUUCUCCAUCAUUGUCUAGAAACUCCAUGUUCCCAUAAUAAUCGUCGCUCUGGUACAUAUAUUUAUAUAUAAAACCAUAUUUGAACUUUGAAAUUAAAAUCGCUUCAUAUUUUCUUUUUACGAACUAGUUCUUUCUUCCUGUACUAUGUCCUUAUAUACAAUCUUUCCUUUAUAUAUUAAUUCCAUGAAUUCAGUGUUCAUUUUGUUGUGCUAAUGAGGUAUGGCAACUUGGAUUGAUGCAUAUAUGUGCCUGGUCCUACGUUGUAGCUGAAUGACUGACAUUUGAAUUAUGGGGUACAAACAGUAACGUCUUGUCUCAAAAUGCAGUAGCAAAAUUAAACUGGGUCCGAGGGAAGUGGGCUAUGACUGCAUAGUUGUUUACUUAUUUCUUGGAACGAAUGACUUCUACGCUUUAACUUCUCUUCUCAGUGUUGUGUUAAGUUAACGUGUUCUUUUGUAUUAAUUUUGAACAUGUUCAUUUCGGUGUAAUUAUGUUUUGUUUGUGAUCGUCUGAGAUAUUUCCAGAACAAAAAAUAAUCACAUAGAGGCUCCGUUAUCUCACAAAGUCAUUUUCAUUAGGAAUUUCGCUGCAGAAUUUGUGAUAUCAGCAAAAGUUCUUGACGCCUUCAGUGUGAAGUCGGGCCUACACAACACUGUGGAUUGCAAAGGCUAGGGUAGUUUUUUUAGCUUUUUAUUUGUUCUACUGAAUGUGUACGUCGGUCAACAUAUUUACUAGAUCAGACGUGUUAAUCAGGACUAAUUAUUUAUGAGGACAGACUGGUAGGGAGGUUCUAAUUUAGUGGCAUCACGUCAUUAGCUCUGUGAAAGCGUUUAGCUCAAAACCAAAUGUAAAAACCUGCAUUUGGUUUUACAUAUCUGUUAAGAUCCAGUAAUCCAUACCAUCCAUGGCUUGUUGCUCAAUUUAUUUGGAGUAUAUCUCAUCUUUGCCCCGCCUUCUUGUGGCGGGGGUGUUGUUUGCGAAAAUGAGAGGACGAAAAGCGAAUGUCAGGCGCUUUAACCGGAUUCCAAACCAAUGGUGCACAUGGGCUCCAGUAUCCUGCGGGAACAAAUGGCGUAUGAACCAAUUGUUGGUCACCGGCUUCCAUGGGACUGCAUCUCCUUACGAUGCUCCACUGCCUUGUGGAUCAGACCUUCAGGUCGAAGGCUCGGGGAGUGGCCCCCUAAGAUUCCCACUUUCUUCGGUUUAGGCAUUUGGGCAGUAUCACAGCCCUCACACAUAUCGAAUGAGAUUUGUGUGGUGCAUAUGUAUUUGGUGCCUCCUUGUACCAAUAUCUAUGUGGUAAAAUAAAUAAAUGCCUGCUAUUUCACGUAAUAGCCAGGAGUCAUCACUAAUGGAUAAAAUCUCACAUUAACUACUAGCGUGUGGGAGAUUCUUGCUUGCAGUUUAUCUGUUGACAUUCGGCGUAGGUUCUUUAUUGAGACUAUGAAUCCUCAUUCUAGCUAUGAAUAUUCAUAAUUGUAGACUCAUGUAUUCGACCUUAUGCCACACUUCAGUUGUCAGGGAUGGUCCUACUAAGCAGCUACUCGAAUCGAAUAAUAUGUGCAACUAGAGUGGUUUGGACACCUAGUUUCUGCAUGUGUUGUAACUUGUAUUUACAAAAGUAUCGACAGGCCCUUAAAUACUUAACACCAGUUCAGUGGACGUCUAUGUAAUUUGCAGUAGCAAUCCAAUAUUUUUCCAAAAAAAAAAAAACGUUCAGUUGACAUGCUGCUCCUCCGAGGUAGUGUGUUUUCCGUCUAAAGAAUGCUCGCUAGAAUUAAUGUUCUUUCAACAAACUUCUUAAUUGUUUCAGAUAACAAUAUAGAGCUUUUCCUCCAUAAUUCAGAUUUUAUCACCUGAAAGGAAAUGUGGAUGUAAGGGAAUCCGGAGUUGUGCAAUGUGUGACAAUGACAACAUUCACAAAGAUGUAUGAUAAAGUUUUCUAAUUAUGAUGUUCAGGAAGGACGACAGCUUUACGAGUUCACAUUUUGUCCUUUUUGCGAUAUGGCAGUCGUUGAAACAAACACCAUGUCAAAAUAGCUUCAUGUCCAUCAAGGUGGUUUUCCUUUCCUGAACAUCGAAGUUAUUCGAAAUUUUGUUGAUGAAAAUGAAGAAGCAAUGUUGGUUGAGGAGAUCGAUAAACAAGCAUGGGUUUUAUCUCAAUCCGGGAGGAGAAAACAGGAUUAUGGACCAAAAGUGAAUUUCAAACGACAGAAGGUGCAGAUUGGAGGAUUUGAUGGUCUGCCAGCAUAUUCUAGGUUCCUCAUAACACGUUACAAUGAUUUGAUUAAAGAAAGCAAAUCUCUUCGCCCUGAAUUUCUCCCAGUGGAGUUGUGCAACCUGGAGUACAAAUCAGAUCGUGGAGCUUGUAUUGUACCGCACUAUGACGAUUCAUGGUUGUGGGGUGAUCGAUUGGUGACUGUCAAUUUGAGUGGUGCCACUUAUUUAACUUUCACAUUACCGACAGCUGACGUGGUGGAUGGCAUAAAACACGAAUUUCAACGUGUUCAAUCGUGUGUGCCGAAUGUUUCUCGGGGCUCAUUUUGCGUACGUGUGCUGCUGGACAGACGUUCCCUUGUGGUUGUUAGUGGACCUGCACGAUAUAUAUGGCAACAUGAAAUUAGGCGUUCAGAUAUACCUAUCCGACGUAUUGCUAUGACAUUUCGUGAAUUGAGUAGUACAUUUUCUCCCGAAUCAGGUAAUAUGACAGAUGAACAAAAAUUCGGUAAGAAACUCUUGGAAAUCGCUUCCACAUACGCUCAUAUGUGAAAUAAAAAGAUGAAAUAUACAACUGUGUUAAUAACAGCUAACAAAUAUAAACCCUUAACUUUCUUCAUUAAACUUAAACUUGACAAACUACACUCACAAAAUCGUUCUAUUGAAGAAACGUACCAAUAGUGAUGAGGUUGUUUGAUACGAAAGGUAAAACAUCCAUUAAACUAUAUAAUCUCUGUUCCUCAUAACACUCAACUGUUUCGGUUACAGGAUCAUCAAGCUCCUAUAAAUUCUUUUAAGUUAUGUUCAGUAAUAUUAUACUUAACAGGAAAGUGAUUCUUGAAAAACUCCAUACAAUGAAGCCCAAAUGAUAAGUGAACCAGUAUAAUAUGAGUUAAUUUUAUUUCAUGCUUUCUCUUCAGUUGCCUACAAUCGUAUUCGUAUCAAAGUGUAACAUUGAGAUAUAAUAAUAACAAUACAAAAUUAUAGACAUUGGCAACGGAAUAGAAAAAUGGCCUACAGUUAUUUAAAAAAUUCUAUACGUGAAAAUACGCGGUCACAUUAAUUCAUUGAGAUGUGUGUCAAAACAUAUGGAUUUUUUUUAAAUAUGAUACAACAUAGAAGAAAGCUUGCUUUGUACAUCUUCGCUUUAAUAAAGAUGAAUUUACUGAAACAAUUAUUGACAAAAUAAAUGGCGCAAUAAAGAUCGCUCAUUCAGUAGCAACGUUAGUCAACUGACAUGAAGUAAACUGCUCCCUUGAAAAAAAGAAGUCGACAAGUCCUCUUCUCUCGGUACCUCCAACUACAUUUAUCUAUCUAUAUCUACGUCCAAAAGCGUAAAUAUACAUAUAUAUUCUCUAACACGUUUCAAAGAAUGCGAGACUACAACUGUUCGGCAUCUAAUUAGUAGCAGCCAGAUUACUGACAUUUACCGGUCUUUAAAAGCAAUGCAGCUUCAUAAUGUUUCACUGGAUCAAUAACAAAUAUAAGAGUUCAAACUGGAUUUAUUUACAGACAGAGAAAUAUCAAUCUACCACUGUGUUAUAUUCGGUCGUCGCGAUUGUUGUGCCGGAAAAAGUCGCUGAUCACUUAUACUCGGAACGAGGGACCUCGGCAAUUCCCACGAUGUGAAAGUAAGAACACAAAGACUGGUAUAAGUGAUUAUUUAUUAGCCCCAAACACAAUGACGACGAUGAUGAUGAUCAUAAUAGUCUAAAAUAUACUGGUUUACAUAUUGAUUUUACAUCCAUUUUGAUUAAUAAUUAGGAUUAAAUCACAUACUCAGUUAAAAUAAAUCACUUACUGAGCAUAGUUCAUGUCAACUGAAUACAAGAUUAUCGUUUGUUAUACAGAAUAAAAAGAUCAUACGGGGAAACAAAACCGAAUACUACACUGAAUGAUCCUCACGUUGAAUCAAAAUGGAUGCUGAAUGUUGAACCAAAACUCAUCAUGAGUAAAUCAAUCAUAUCAUACUGCCUUAGUAAAUACAUCUUUGUCAAGAUCAUCUACAAUUACUGUAUUUAUUUUGUCAUUCAGUCUUCACUAAACUAAUUGUUAUUUCAUCUACGUUAAAAUUAUAUUUUCAUUCGCCUACUUCUUCAUACUUAUAUACACUCAUAUGAUUUUGAAAUGAUGGAGAAGAUUUAUAGCUCAAGUGGAUGAUUUUGAUGGAGCUCCACGACCAAACUAUCCAGCUCACAGAAUAAAACUCCACCAACGGUUUCUGCACUUCAUCUAGUUACUGCCUCACUCUAUGUUUCUGAAUCCCACCUUCGGAUGACCUCAUGCAUGCCUAUAUAUAUAUAUAUAUAUAUAUAUAUAUAUAUAUAAAACCAUUGCUACUCCAAUUCUUUCCGUUUGUAACUUUAUAUUAUUAUUGUAUCUUAAUGUUAUACUUUAAUACGAAUACAGUUAUGAGCAGUUGAAGGUUAAACCACAAAACAAAAUGAAUUCUUUAUUCGGCCUCAAUUGUUGUGUUUGACUUUUAUUCAAAUAGUAUACUAUCUAUGAGGUACAG